AUGCUAGGAUCUUCCUCAUAUAGCUCUGAGGAAGAUCGAGAUCACGAACGAUCUUCACCGUUGGAUCUACCUCAACCUCAAUUUCAACCUCAACCACAACCACAACCGCGACCACCACUAAGGCUAUUAGAUUAUCAACGCUUGCUGAUUAGUAGUAGUAGUAAUAUUACUACUACUACUUCUGCUGCUCUUCUUCCUUCAUCAUCUUCGGUUGUAUUAUCUUCGACACCGCCAACGUUGUUAUCAACAUCACCACAAUCAUCAGUGAUUCAUCCACGGCAGUUGUUGGUCACUUGUGCUGAGCUUAUAUCUCGGUCCGAGUUCUUAUCAGCUAACCGUCUACUCUCCCUUAUAUCCACUGAUUUCGCCUUACAAUUUGGCGACUCCACUGAAAGGCUAGUGUAUUAUUUUUGUAAAGCCUUAAGAGAGCGUAUCAAUCGUUAUUUAUUAUCAACUACAACUUGUGUUAUGAACCCUAGUAUUAAUAUUCCUGUUACACUAGCUCAUCAUCAACAACGUCCCAUUUUUUCAUCAUCACCAUCUCCUCAAAUAAUAUUACCUAAUAAUCAAAUUCCAAGACCUUCUAGAAUAGUAGAACAAGAUGUUACAACUAGAUAUUCAUCUUAUCUUUCUCUCAAUCAAGUUACUCCGUUUAUCCGAUUCACCCACUUGACCGCCAACCAAGCGAUUCUCGAAGCCGUGGAGGGUUAUGCAUCGAUCCAUAUCCUCGACAUGGAUGUCAUGCACGGCGUUCAAUGGCCUCCGUUGUUGCAAGCCAUCAUGGAGCGGUCGAGUACCCUAGGUCGGUCGUGUCCUACAAUACGGAUCACGGGGGCUGCCCGUGAUCCAACUAUCCUAGACCGGACUGGGGACCGGCUUAGGAGAUUUGCCGAAUCCCUAGGGAUUGAGUUCGAGUUUUGUGAUUUGGUACUUUAUGAUUCUGAAGUAGUUGAUCACUCUGAGGCGGUGAUCCAUGCUUUGAUGGAUCACCGCCUCAAGUUUGAUCAGGUGGAAGAAGCCCUGGCAAUUAAUUGUGGGGACUACCUCCACCGCCUCCUAAGGGAAUACGAUACACGUUCCCUUAGGAGGUUUCUCCACAAGGUCAAGACCUUAAACCCUAAGGUCUUGACCCUGGGAGAACGAGAGGCUGAUCAUAACCACCCUCUCUUUUUGCGGAGGUUUGUAGAGGCAUUGGAUCACUACGGAGCCGUGUUUGACUCCCUAGAGGCCACCCUACCUCCGCAAAGUCGAGAGAGGGUGGCAGUCGAGGAAGCAUGGUUCGGGGAGGAGAUAAAAGACGUCGUGGGGGAGGACGGGGAGAGGAGAAAGGAUAGACAUCAACGGUUCGAGUCGUGGGAAAUGGUGAUGCGGAGUUCCGGGUUCAAGAGUCUAGCCUUGAGUCCGUUUUCGUUGUCACAAGCUAAGUUGUUGCUUAGGCUUCAUUAUCCAUCAGAAGGUUACCAACUUCAGGUUGUUAAAAAACAUUGUUUGUUUCUUGGGUGGAAAAAUCGCCCUCUUUAUUCUGUAUCUUCUUGGCAAUAAUUAGGCCCUCAUUUUUCUUUCAUAUAUUUUCUUCAAUUUUUGUUAAUUUUAAACUUUAUUUGGUAAUGGUGAUAAAUAUAGAUUCCAUAUGAUUUUCUAAAAUAGGCUUAAUAUAUGGGGUAAUCAUCACCUCAAAAUUACAAAAAGGUUAGCUAACUUGGCCUUGUGAAUUUGUGAUCAUCUUGAAUUUAGCUAGGGUUUUUCUCAAUUAUUAUUGUUAGUUAAUUUAAUAUAGAUUUUUUUUUAAUUAGUCAUAUCCUCCAUUUCUUCAUUGCUUAUGUAUUUUUUUUUUAUUAAUUCUAAAUUAAAAAAUUUCCCCAUAAAUUACCUAUGUUGAUGUAUAUUUGUUGAAUUUUUAUUUAUUUGUUUAUUUAUUUAGGUGGAUGAAAGUAGUAUAUUGUAAAUGAAAAGUAUGUCAAAAUAAUUAAGAAUAUUCCCUAUUGACUAUUAGGGCAACAACUUGAAGAUUUCUCAAUUUUGAUUCCAUAGAAAGUCGUUUUGUCUUUAUUGAAUUAAUCACUUCACUCGUGUGCCUUUUGCUAAAUCUAAUUACACAAUUAACAAAUAAUUAAUUAUUGUCUUUAUUAACCCAAAGUGCUUUUUGUC